UUUUCCUUGUUGAUUGAAGCUCUCAGUUUUUUGUCACUCUUCUUUUGAAGUGGCAUCUUUUGUCCCUCAAUGUUGCAAGGCCACCUUUCAUAACAAUAGGUCGAUACCAAUAUCAAGUCUAAAAAAAUUCUCCACCAAAAAAUUAAUUGAUCAUACCAAUGAGGCUCCAUCGGAAAAGCAGCAUGUCCUCAGAGACAUUAUAUGGCCAACAUAAGUUCAAUUCCGUCCAGACACGCGCUCAAGUUGAAUCUGCUGGCUCCGAUUCAGUGCUUGUCCAAAUAUAUCGUUGUGGAUCCGCUUUCAAAAAAUUUCAACGGCCCUAUGCAAUUCUACCAGCAACUAUAUCGGUCAUUUGUUUGUUUGCAAGAGUAUUACUUGAGAACCCACAGUUGUUUAAAUGGUCUCUGCUGAUUAAGGCGGUCCCUUGCCUAAUUGCCAUAUUGCUUGCGUACGCUUAUUGUGUUUGCAUCAACGAUAUAUAUGAUGCCGAUAUUGACAGGAUAAAUAAGCCGUAUUUACCUAUACCUGCUGGAGAGGUUUCACUAAAACAAGCAUGGCUUUUUGCAAUAUUUGAUGAAUUUUUUGGCCUAAUGAUUUUUUGGCUGAUGAACGCCGACCGAAUAAUUACUUCUCUCUACUGCUUAACUCUUUUCAUUGGCACCAUAUAUUCUGCUCCUCCCGUAAGAUUCAAGAGAUCUUGUGUUGCAACAAUCAUUCUGCUUGCUUUGACCUGGGGCGUCCUUCACAAUGUUGGUAUUAUUUACGCUGCUACAACAUCCCUUGGACUUCAAUUUGGUGGAGCCCCCCAAUUGUCUUUAUCACUCUCUUUGGGACAUUGUUUUAUGUGGUCAUUAACGUUGCGAAAGAUCUCCCGGACGUCGAAGGAGACAUGAAACAUAACAUACAGACAUUUGCGGCAAUAUUCGGGCUCAAAAACAUUGCAGUCUUUUGCACUGGAAUGCUUCUAGUAAAUUAUAUUGGUGCUGUAGUGACUGCUAUUUACAUGCCUCAGGCUUUCAAGUGUGAGUUAAUGUUGUCCGCUCACGCAAUCUUUGCAUCGUGGUUAAUUUUUCAGGCUAGGAAAUUGGACAGAGCAAAUUAUACCAAGGAAGCAACCACAAAUUUUUAUCGAUUUAUUUGGAGGCUUCUUAUGUUGGAGUUUAUCUUAUUUCCUUUCAUAUAGAAAAUCCGUACAACACUUUUUCCCUCUCAUCCUUUCAAGAAAGUUGAUGUGUGUACUCUAAUAUUGUCAAGACAUUGCUUUUUUCUUUUGC